AUGGUGAAACGGUCGAAUUCCCUAAGUAAUUUGAAUCAGCUUCUGACAAUAUCCGUCCGACUAGUUCAUUAUGUGGAGUUACACACGAAGGACCAGUUCACUACCCCGGUGUUUCAGUAUCGCUUGGAGCAACAUCUUAUCAGCCCUUGGCGGGAACCUAAAAAGCCAGUCAAGGCAAAACUGUUGAUAACCUACACGUCACUCAUUCUUAGUCGUGCUUCCUGGUGGCCCUAUCGCGUAGUGGAACGCACGGACUUUGGCGCAGUCGAACGUUGUAUGGCCUUUCCUCAUGUUGGACCUUUUUUUGCUGUCGGUAUUCGGGAUGAUGAUUUCGCUGAAAAGCAAUUUGUGGUCAUGACAACUAAAACACUGAGCGAUUUGCAACGUGUGAUGCAUGUAAUGGAGGCGCAGUUAGCAGUUUGGAGGAACGCCAAUACUCCACAGCCAAGUGAACUCUCACCUCCCUCGAGUGCAUUGCGUAAAUGUGCAUCACAGCAUAACUUAGCACCUACAGGCCUCAGUAACCAGAUAGAAACACCUGCUUCAAACGUCUGUUCAUCGGUCCCCCAAACAACGGACACCCCACGUUUGAAUCACAAACAAGAAACCAACGGUGACUAUCUUGUUCAGAUAAAGCGAUGUGAAUGUCCUCCGAAAUGGCUGCCAAGGCUCUACCUGCGGGACCGAGAGCAACCGAAACACAGUGUGCACAUACAUUGCGAGCCCGAAAAACUCCCCGAAAGCAAGUACACAAAGCUGUCCAAAAAGGCACAGCAUGCAGCAGAGAAUGCUGGUACUACAAACAGGCCAACGCAAGGAAAUCGCUUAACUGGUCAACAAAACAGCAACGAAAAAGACUGGGAGGUGGAUGUCAAAUACAUUCGAUAUGACCCUCGUUUUGGAAAUGUGCUUGAUACUGAGGGUUCAGUUUAUCUCUACACGGCCCAUCAAGUUCGCAAA